CAUAGAGAAAAUAACGGAAAAAGAACCCGUGUUGUUAAAUAAAAUGUCAGAUUUCCUGUUUGAUGGGUUUCUGUCAUCCAAAAUUUGAGAAAUAUUUUUAGGCGAAAUUUUAUAAAAAUAUAUAUACCUGUAAACAACAAAUAUACAAAUAAUGUUUUCGAAAUUCUUACGAGCGACAGCCGCGCUCAAGUGGGGUCUAAAAUCUCGACAAAGUCAGAGUGCGAAGCAGUUUUCGGGCUUGAUUCCACCGAACCAGUAUGAUUCACCGAUACCGAAGAGACUGCAUUUGGGAUACGUGCUGAAGGAGUACUGGGAGACGAUACCUUUGUUCGUGACUACUUGCGCAGCGAUGUGUGUGUUAUUUGGAUCGAUUGCAUGGGCAUGUGCACAUAAAGUGGACGUAGUGUUUACGACGCACAACCGUGACAGCCUCUCGCGAACGAUGGAUCUGAGAAACCCUACGAUCAACAAGCUGGUCAUCAUCAACCAGCGGUACGAGCCAUGGCCGGAGAUGCAGGACUUACUCGACAAGAUGAAGAACGCGGAGAAGCGUGCCCUGCUCCGAGCGCAGUCCUGCAACCAGCCUUGACCAUAACAACUUCACUACGGGAACGGCGCCUGCGUGAAAUUAUAUUAAAAAA